CCAAUGAGGCGCGGGGGCGGGACUUGUGGAGAGCGCCAGCCCGGCUCGCUCAAGCUCGCCGCACCCGCCAGCCCCCAGCCGCGAGAUCCUGGAGAGUGUGCCACUUCACUGGGCUGCUGCUUCAGCCUUGGGUCGCCUUGCUGUGGCGGUCUUCCACGACGCACACAAGUCUCUCGUUUUUAGAAGCCUCUCCAAAGAAAUAGAAUAAGCGUCAAGCUGGCGGGAACCAUGGGUCACAUAAAGAAAGGCGAGCUGACCCAGGAGGAAAAGGAACUGCUGGAAGUGAUCGGGAAAGGUACCGUCCAAGAAGCUGGAACACUGCUGUCUAGUAAGAAUGUUCACGUCAACUGCUUGGAUGAGAAUGGAAUGACUCCUUUAAUGCAUGCAGCCUAUAAGGGAAAACUUGACAUGUGCAAAUUACUUCUGCGACACGGAGCUGACGUCAACUGCCAUCAGCACGAGCAUGGGUACACAGCCCUCAUGUUUGCCGCACUUUCUGGUAAUAAAGACAUCACAUGGGCCAUGCUGGAGGCGGGUGCAGAGACUGAUGUUGUGAACUCGGUGGGAAGAACAGCUGCCCAGAUGGCAGCCUUUGUGGGUCAGCAUGAUUGCGUAGCUAUCAUCAACAAUUUCUUCCCUCGAGAGAGACUGGAUUAUUACACUAAACCCCAGGGACUGGAUAAAGAGCCAAAACUGCCUCCAAAGUUGGCAGGCCCCCUGCACAAAAUCAUCACCACAACGAAUCUCCACCCUGUGAAGAUUGUGAUGCUUGUGAGUGAGAACCCUCUGCUGGCAGACGCAGCCGCUCUUGGUAAAUGCUACAAGGUGAUGGAUUUGAUCUGCGAGAAAUGCAUGAAGCAAAGAGACAUGAAUGAGGUGCUGGCUAUGAAAAUGCACUACCUCAGCUGCAUCUUUCAGAAAUGCAUUACCUUCCUCAAAGAAGGAGAGAAUAAGCUGGACACCCUGAUCAAAAGCUUGUUGAAAGGCCGAGCAUCGGAUGGCUUCCCGGUAUAUCAGGAAAAGAUCAUCAGAGAGAGCAUCAGGAAGUUCCCGUACUGUGAAGCUACGCUCCUCCAGCAGCUGGUGCGCAGCAUCGCUCCAGUUGAAAUUGGUUCUGAUCCCACUGCAUUCUCAGUACUUACCCAAGCCAUCACAGGACAAGUGGGCUUUGUGGAUGUUGAAUUUUGUACCACCUGUGGAGAAAAAGGAGCGAGCAAAAGAUGUUCGGUUUGUAAAAUGGUAAUAUAUUGUGACCAGACCUGCCAGAAAACACACUGGUUCGCACAUAAGAAGAUGUGUAAGAGUCUGAAGGAUGUUUAUGAGAAGCAACAGUCUGAAGCUGCCAAACAUAAGAGACAGGAGGAAAAGAAUGAAAAGCUUGAUGUCAAUUCUAACCAUGUUAAUGAAGAUCAACCAGAGGCUAAAGUGAGUGUCUCUCAAGAAAAUCCCACUCCUGUCAAUCCUGCGGAAGGGGAGAAAGAAGCUGGUGGUGAGGCUGGAGUGACCGGAGCACAGGAUGCUCCUACAGGGCCACAGCUGUCCGAGGAAUAAAAGCUGUCAACAGUGGCCAGCAUGGGUGGUCUUCAUCCUGGCUGAAAGCUGCAGAACUCAUGUGAAUGUACCUUCAUUUGCUCUGACACUGCAUGGUCCAGUGACAGGAUUGCACAUCUGUAGAAUAGAGGCUUUCGAGCAAAGCUGCCUCCCACACCUUGAUUUCCUGUUGAUUUCUCUUCUAUAACUGAACAAGCAUUUCUACAGAAGAAAAAAAAAAUCUUGUUUCAAAAUACACAAAUACCACUCCAUUCCUUUGCUGACUCCCCAGUGAUUGUACACAAAGGAAAAGAAAUCACCUUAAAGAACAAAUCUGGGUUCUAGGGAGCAAAGAUAAGAAUAGGGAAGAUGUGAAAGAGAAGUGAUGUUUACGGAAGAAGGAAUCGUGGGCACAGAGCUGGGCAGUCAGAGAAACAAAACUUAACCUGUGAAUGUUGUCCUGAAGUUGGACAUCCAAAGCUGUAAUGCAGAAGGCUCUGUUCUUCAAGCUUUGCCACGGCAUAGUUUAAAUAGGAAUUGUCAAGAGCACUUUGAACUCUGUGUUCCUUGCAGCCAUACGCUACAUGAUUUGAACAAUCAGAAAGGCUGGAUCCAACCCUGGGUAGUCACUGUACACACUUCCUGUAGAGCCACCCCAUGCCAUCCUCUACCCAGAAGACCAACUCUUAUCUUCCCAUCAGCUUUUCAUGACCCUCCUCCUAUCCAAAACCUGUGAUUUCUAGCUGUCAUUUCGAGAAUGUCCCUUUCUGCGUUUUCAGUGUACGUGGCAUGUAAACAAAGUUGGAGUGUCAUGUCUGAAGAUGGUGCUGUCUUUCCGUUGCCUCUGUUGGCUUCAAAAUAAAUCUACCUACAUGCACAGUUCA